GCCUAGUGACGCCGCCAAGUGGCAAAGGUACUAGUAGACGCUUCAAGAAAGAUAAAUUCAGGUAUACGACUGCUGGCAUACUUUGACGGUUCUGUGUUUCCCAGAAACAAUAUGUCGGUUCUUCAGGCGUACUCUUCCCUGUCAUCGAGUUCUCCAAGAGCUACGAUAUCACACACACUUCAAUUAAUCGCUGGUGCUCCGCCUAUCGAUCCUCCUUCCUGUAAAACACUCAUUCAGCUCAUCAUUGAUGAUCUCCAGGCUGUCAUUAUCGAUGGCUCGCCCAGCCGUUUAAUCAGAGAUGACGCGUUGUCCGCCAUUUCUGCCGUCAAGGGACUCGGUAAAACUCCCCACGGUGCCCAGGUUCUUGCAUCAGUUCCUAACCUCAAAUGUCUUAUGACGCUUGCCAUAAAACUCGAAACUGCUCCUGAUGCAUCGAACGAAGCUUUGAAGUGCGUCGCCAACACCUUACUCCUUAGUGAACCUGCCCGCACCAGGUUACUGAGUCAAGAAAUUGAUGGAGGCAAUAUCUGUGUCGACCUGCUCCAGAAAUCUGCAACACCCGAGAGCACAUUUCUCUCGUCCAGGGUUCUCUUCCUCUGUACUGCGUCCUCUCAUCAAUCUUUUUCCUUCAUUGAAUCUAUCGUCGAGACAAAACGCACCCACUUUCCUGGAAAUGGAACAAUACUCGAUGUUAUUGCCUUCAAGUUGGAUGAUUUAAUUGCAUCCAUGCAAGUUGGAACAAAGAUGUCCCGCGAUGCCAUGACAGAUCUCCUGAAGUUUACCUUCAAUCUCCUCGUACACUAUCCCAAGCUGGCCCCCUCUGAGUUGCAAUCUCCCGGCAUAGUCUGCUCUCCUGUAGACCAAAAGGUAAUGGGAGAUUUCUGGAAUUCGCGACUUGAUGCCAUCCUACCUCCACUUGUUCGUGCCUUUCAGGCCAUCCCCCUGUCCUCCCCAAAUCCCCUUACAUCGCCAUUGACUCACAUCAUUCACUCGCUAAUCACUAUCCCUGUCGACGCGUCAUCCCGAGCGGUAUGGUUUGGUACUUGUCCACAUUCACAUUCGACUACCCCUCAGCCUAGUCCCCCUGAGUCCACAACCUCUUCUUCAACUGGUUCAAGUCACGAUAGUCAGUCAACGCCUAAGGAGCCAAAGGCCAGGCAUAUUGAACGCGCCAUAUCGUCUGUCAUUUCAGCCGGUCGCCGUUCGUUCUGCUGCUCUCCACGUUCGGACUCGCCUUCGGCAGCUGACUGCGCUUCACGCGCUUAUGAACUCCUGGACAUGACCCUUGCUCAUUUCCUUCCAGGUGAUAUUGAUCCAGAUGAUCCUGCAGUACGAGAUCUGUGCAAGAUCGAUGGGGAUACGUCCCUGGAUGAAAUCCUGUGCCCGCUUGUUCUACUUAUCACACGAUUCUGCCUUGGUGACGACGAUGCCAAGACAAGAAUAAGACAGUGGUUAGUACCUGAAAACCUGGACAGGACGCAUCCUUUGGAGAAGAGAGCAGACCUUUUAGGUCGGUGUUUGAGACUCCUUGCAUCCGUCUACCACAGCACGUUGAAGGACGCUAUGGGAGAAAUGUUGUACGCAAUGUGUGAUUCAAACGCUUCAUCCCUUGCUGGUUAUUUCGGGUACGGCAAUGUUGCUGGUUUCCUUUAUCACAAAGGCGUUGUCAGUGCACCGCCCGUCAGCGCAGCCUCAGGCGCACCACCAACUACUGCGUCAGGUUUACCCAUCAACCCCAUCACUGGCACCGUUGAGCAUCCCUCUGAAACUGUCGACAUGACUGAUGAAGAGAAGGAACACGAGGCGGAGAAAUUGUUUGUAUUAUUUGAUCGGCUGGAGAAGACUGGUGCGCUACCUCCGAGCCAGAAUCCUUAUCGGAAGGCAUUUCAAGAGGGUAAAAUGGGCUGAUCUCAGUCAGCAACGGUGGAUACGAAAGUUAUCAUGGACCUUUAAUGAAGUAUGAUAGAUCAAGUUGUCAAUCGCAGUGAUAGAACAGUAUGCAUAUGUAUAUACGAAAGAUAUGCAACGACUUGAACCACUUAAAAGUGGGAAGUCAUCAUUUUUGGGUAACGCUGUGUAGCCUAAUCGAAAGUGAUCUUGGACCCCUCAAACUGGGUGACGGCUCCAGUGCGUGCGCCCCCUCGACCUCUGCCGCCACCCCUCCCACCCCGGUCACCGCCACGGCCGCGUCCCCUCC